AUGGGGGGAGACACACAGCACAGGCCUGGAGGCUUCCAGAGGGGACCCAGACCCUGUGGUGGUAGCUGGGACCCUAGGGGCUCUUUCACUCUGUCCCUGCAGCUACAGGCUGGCAAGCGGGUGGAGAACAUUCUGAUGCCCUGUUCAGUCCCCAUGACAAUAGCCACAGUAAUCUUGGUACAAGCUGGAGGGCCAGACACCUGUUACCAGGUAGAAACCCAGUACCGAGGUCAUGUGAGUGUGGUGGGCCCCAGCUGCUCCCUACAGAUCAGCAACCUGAGCGGCGGGGGGGGAGCAGGGCCCUGUGGAGCCCACCGUCAUCACGCACACCGGGGAGUACAGACUGCAAGCUCAUGGCGAGGGACCUGGGGGCGUGCAGCUGGCCCGGCCCACGUCACACUGAGCUCCAGGACUGCUGCAAAUGGACACUGUAUCGUCAUCCUAACAUGAGUACCAGAAAGCAGAGGAGCCAUUGUGACCUACAGCUGGAUGCCCUGGGUAUUGUGUUGUGUUCAUGGAGUGGACUGUGUGUCCUGUGGAGGGUUUGAUCUCAGUGUCUGCUUGAGGCCUGGGGAAAGUGCUCUGCCCCUGACCUGUGUGGUGAAGGACCCAGUCAGCAGCAGCCCCCAUCCCCGCCUUAGUGCUGCUCCUGUGUGCAGGUACCUGGCAAUCACCUCCUUGAGGCUGAAGGACUCAGGCCCCUGCAGAGCCUGGACAACUCUGCAUACACCCCCGAUCAGCAUCACCAAGGAUUUCACCCUGUGUGCCUAUGAGAGGCUGCAGGAGCCCAAUACCACUGCCAGCUCCCAGAUCAUGAAGGAUGGGACCUGCUUUGUCACCCUGGCCUGCUUCUUGGGACAGGCUGGCGAGGCUAUUCAGUGUGGCCAGGACUCCCUCGGCCGGGGUGGUCGUGUCCUACGGGGAACGUUUGCAAGGCUGCUGGCGGGCUUGGGCAGCCUGGCCUGGGGAGGUCUCUCCUGCCAGCUGGGUGAAACUUCAACCCAGACCAGGGAGGGAGAGCUCUUGACCCGGACGGAGAAGGAAUUUAAGAACAGCCAAAGGAGUGCGGCUACCUCCCUGCACUACCUCAGAACCACUCUCAGUGUGUCCUGGAGGCCCGGGGUGAGCGGCAGCUGCCGUUGCCCUGUUAGGAACCCCAUUCGCCAGAGCUCGGCCCCAUCCCACCAGGCGCCUCUGCUCAGGUACCCUCUUCCUUCGUGGACCUCUCCCUCCUGGGCACCCUCUGUCAGGUGCUCAGCACCCCGCCGGCCUUCCUCGGGGUUCCAGGAGUGGCUGAAGAAAAGGAGGACAGGAUUAUCUGCAGCAGGGAGUGUCUCUGGGUGGCAGCAGAUGGGGGCUCCGGAGUCAGCACACCCGCCCUCCUCUGUCCACCUUCUUGCUGUCAGUGCCGGACCCCCUGUGCCUGGGCUUGCUGCAGACUCGGCAGGGCAUUCGGCUCAUUCUUGGGACUCCCUGAGGGAAGGUGCUGCCGCCCUCCCCACUUGGUCCUGCAGAGCCCAUGGGUGA